AUGUUUUAUGUAGAUAAGAAAGUUAUUCUUUUAUUUACAUUUUUAAUUUCCAAAAGCCUUUGCAAUGAAUCAAUAAUUAGUCUAAACAUAGAAGAUAGUUUAGAUAAGACCAUUGAUAAUGCAAAUUCUAAUACUCUGGUGGUGCAUUUAAAUAAAGAUUCAAUUUCACCGGAGUUGCUUUCAAAAUUAGUUAGUUCAACAAAUAUUAUUUUUGCGGAUAUGCCAGAGUUACCAGAUUUUAUUAACAGGAACACAUUAAAAAAAUCCAAAAAUUCCUAUGAUACUAAAUUUGACUCGACUAUACAUAAUAUUGAUAGCAUAUAUCAUAACCAAUUGAAAACUAUAAUGGAAGACUUAUUACAAGAUACAAAAGAAGAAGGCAAUAAACAGAAGGAAUUUGACAAAGAAGAAAAAGAAGAAGAAGAAGAAGAAGAUAGUGAUAAUAAACAAAAUGGAGAAAAUAAAGAUAAUCAACUUAAAAAAGUAGGAAAGAAGAAUUCUGAUUCCGAACGAGGUGUAGGUGAUAAUUAUGAAGAUGAAAAGGCAUCUGACUUCGAUCAGGAAUCAACUGAUAAUAAAAAUAAUAAUAAAAAUGAUGAUAAAAACGAAACCUCUGACAAUGUGACUUUUAAUAAUAAAAUGAGAAAAAAUAUGCAAGAGCAUGGAAAUCAAAACCAUUCAAAAACUUCUACUACUAUUGAAGCAAAAUCUACUACUCUACCAAAAACAAAUAAUGUCUCUAACACAACAGGUAGCAAUCAUUCUGUGAGUGGCUCAACAAGAGUGGAGUCUGAUUUUAUGUGGAUUUUAUGCUUUUUAAUUGUUUAUUUAUGUGUGCUUCCGAUACUUAAUUUUAAGUAA